GUUCUGUGACGUCAUCGCCGGGCGCCUGUCAAACUUUGACAACUGACGAUGCGAAACUGUAAUUUAUAUCUCCUUAUAUUUGACGAGUGAACGCGUUUAAAUGACCGAUAAACAGAUAAACAGAUAAUUAUUUAUCCGAUGAAGAUGCGUACGAGUUAUUGUUUAUGUGUUUGUGUUGUGUUGUUCGGGCUUCACGUGAGCUUCUCUCAUGACACGACCCGUGCAGAUAUAACAGUACAGACCGAUGAAGCUGAUCUGAGAUCAGAGGAUGUAAAGAUUCAGCUGUUUGGUCGAGCUGUGGUACCGGGUGUCAGAACCCUUGACUGGAUCUCAUCUGCUCAGGUUCUGCUGGAUGGAGGCAAACACGUGGGAUUCCUCAGAUGUGAUGGAGGCUUUACUGUCAGUGAUGUCCCGUCUGGAUCAUUUGUGCUGGACAUCUCCUCUCCAACAUACAGAUUUGAGCCCGUGAGAGUGGACAUCAGCAGAACAGGAAAGAUCAGAGCUCGUGUGGUGAACUAUCUGAAGACAUCAGAGGUGAUCCUACAGCCUUAUCCUCUUCAGAUGAGAUACGCUGGACUUCAUUCAUACUUUAUAAAGAGAGAGACCUGGGGUUGGUCAGAUUUCCUCAUGAAUCCAAUGGUCUAUAUGAUGGUUCUUCCUCUUCUGAUAAUUGUCCUUCUUCCUAAACUCAUGAACUCCAGUGAUGCUGAGAUGAGAAGGGAAAUGGAGCAGUCUAUGAACAUGCUGAACCCAAGCCAUGAACUUCCAGAUGUUUCUGAGCUCAUGACUAAAUUCUUCUCUCCACCCAAAACUCAAAGGAAGCCUGUACCUGUACCUCGGGUCACAAAGGUUGGAGCUGCGGGUCAAAGGGGCGGAGGUCCGAGACGGCGGUAAUGACCGAAUAAAGGAGACUGAUAUGAGGCUGAUGAUGUCAUCUUUGGUGUGGAUCUUAUUUUAGUUAACCCUAACCCUAUUUACGUUCAUAUUUAAAUAAGAUCAUAAAUUAUCAUCGUUCUUCUACUACUGUUUGUUCCUGACUGUAAUUUGCAUAAACAAAUCCAGUGUACUCGUGUUACACUAUUAAAGUUUACACUGUCUGUAAAUAAAAAGUCUCAUUUAAAGAAAAGAAAUGAGAUAAUAUAUUUAUUAAAGUUAUUUAAUGAGAAACAAAUAAAAGUCUUUCUCAGGUC